CAAUGCUAAGCGGAACAGUAUAAAUAAACAUGUAUUUCAGUAUUUUUAGCAUACAUGUAUAUUUACUAUCAUUGCUGCUCUUCCAGAUCAUUGGUUAGUGAAAUCAGCUUGAAAUAAUUUAGACUGGUGAUUGCUGUUUAUUGAUAAUGAUGUUAUAUGGUAUUCAUGAUAUGUACUGUGGUAUGUAUUGUGUGUACUGUGGUAUUUAUUGUGUAUACUGUGGUAUGUAUUGUGUGUAAUGUGGUAUUUAUUGUGUGCACUGUGGUAUUUAUUGUGUGUAAUGUGGUAUUUAUUGUGUAUACUGUGGUAUUUAUUGUGUGUAAUGUGGUAUUUAUUGUGUAUACUGUGUUAUUUAAUGUGUGCACUGUGGUAUGUAUUGUGUGUAAUGUGGUAUUUAUUGUGUGCACUGUGGUAUUUAUUGUGUAUACUGUGGUAUUUAUUGUGUGUAAUGUGGUAUUUAUUGUGUAUACUGUGGUAUUUAUUGUGUGCACUGUGGUAUUUAUUGUGUAUACUGUGGUAUGUAUUGUGUGUAAUGUGGUAUUUAUUGUGUAUACUGUGGUAUUUAUUGUGUAUACUGUGGUAUUUAUUGUGUGUAAUGUGUGUACUGUGGUAUUUAUUGUGUAUACUGUGGUAUUUAUUGUGUGUAAUAUGGUAUUUAGUGUGUAUACUGUGGUAUUUAUUGUGUGUAAUGUGGUAUUUAUUGUGUAUACUGAGGUAUUUAUUGUGUAUACUGUGGUAUUUAAUGUGUGCACUGUGGUAUUUAUUGUGUAUACUGUGGUAUUUAUUGUGUGUACUGUGGUAUUUGUUGUGUGCAAUGUGGUAUUUAUUGUGUGCACUGUGGUAUUUAUUGUGUGUACUGUGGUAUGUAUUGUGUGUAAUGUGGUAUUUAUUGUGUGCACUGAGGUAUUUUAUUGUGUAUACUGUGGUAUUUAUUGUGUGCACUGAGGUAUUUAUUGUGUAUACUGUGGUAUUUAUUGUGUGCACUGUGGUAUUUAUUGUGUAUACUGUGGUAUUUAUUGUGUGUAAUGUGGUAUUUAUUGUGUGCACUGUGGUAUUUUUUGUGUAUACUGUGGUAUUUAUUGUGUGCACUGAGGUAUUUUUUGUGUAUACUGUGGUAUUUAUUGUGUGCAUUGUGGUAUUUAUUGUGUUCACUGUGGUAUUUAUUGUGUAUACUGUGGUAUUUAUUGUGUGUAAUGUGGUAUUUUUUGUGUAUACUGUGGUAUUUAUUGUGUGUACUGUGGUAUUUAUUGUGUGUACUGUGGUAUUUAUUGUGUGUAAUGUGGUAUUUUUUGUGUAUACUGUGGUAUUUAUUGUGUGUACUAUGGUAUUUAUUGUGUGUAAUGUUGUAUUUUUUGUGUAUACUGUGAUAUUUAUUGUGUCAGAUUACUUUUUCAUUAUUGGUUCAUUCCAUGUAUUUUACAUUAUUGUGCUUUUUAUACUAUUGUUUCGUAAAUGUUGUAUAAGAUGAUAGCAAUUUCCCACAUAACGUCUUGUUUGCUUUGCACUGUUCUGUCCUAUUACAUCCCGUCCUCUGCUGUCCUGUCUGGGCCUGUUCUGUCCGGUUGAGUCCCGCCCUGGUCAGUCCUGUCCUGUUCUGUUCAGUCAUGUCCUUGUCCUUGUUCUGUCCAGACGUGUUUAACCCAAAAGUGCCAUAUAAAACUGUUCUCGUAGUCUGGAUCUGUUAUGCCCUGUCCUGCUUUACCAUGUGAUGUCCUUGUCCUGUCCUGUAGUGUUUAGUCCUGCCCUAUCCUUUUUUAUGCUAUCAUGUGUUGUUCCAACCUAUCCUAUCCUAUCCUAUCCUGCUGUCCAAUCAUAUCUGAUUAUGUGCUGUCCUGUCUGAUCCUAUCCUAUCCUAUCGUAUACUUUGCUGUUUGAUCCUAUCCUGCUGUCCAAUUCUAUCCUAUCAUAUACUUUCCUGUCUGAUAUUUUCCAUUCCUUCUGUCCAAUCCGAUCCUAUUGUGUGCUUUGCUGUCUGAUCUUAUCCUAUCCUUCUGUCCAAUCCUAUCCUAUCAUGUUCUGUCCUGUCUGAUCCUAUCUUAUCCUAUCCUAUCCUGCUCUCCAAUCCUAUCCUAUCGUAUGCUUUCCUGUCUGAUCCUUUCCUAUCCUUCUAUCCAAUCCGAUCCUAUUGUGUUUUCCUGUCUGAUCCUACCAUAUCCUGCUGUCCAAUCCUAUCCUAUCAUAAGCUUUCCUCUCUGAUCCUAUCCUAUCAUGUUCUGUCCUGUCUGAUUAUAUAUUAUCCUAUCCUAUCCUGCUCUCCAAUCCUAUGCUAUCGUGUGCUUUGAUGUCUGAUCCUAUCCUAUCCUAUCCUGCUGUCCAAUCCUAUCCUAUCAUGAACUUUCCUCUCUGAUCCUAGCCUAUCCUUCUGUCCAAUCCGAUCCUAUCAUGUGCUUUCCUGUCUGAUCCUAUCCUAUCCUGCUGUCCAAUCCUAUCCUAUCAUGAACUUUCCUCUCUGAUCCUAUCCUAUCCCUCUGUCCAAUCUGAUCCUAUCGUGUGCUUUCCUGUCUGAUCCUAUCCUAUCCUGCUGUCCAAUCCUAUCCUAUCGUAAGCUUUCCUCUCUGAUCCUAUCCUAUCCUAUCCUAUCAUGUUCUGUCCUGUCUGAUUCUAUAUUAUCCUAUCCUAUCCUGCUCUCCAAUCCUAUGCUAUCGUGUGCUUUGAUGUCUGAUCCUAUCCUAUCCUAUCCUGCUGUCCAAUCCUAUCCUAUCAUGAACUUUCCUCUCUGAUCCUAGCCUAUCCUUCUGUCCAAUCCGAUCCUAUCAUGUGCUUUCCUGUCUGAUCCUAUCCUAUCCUGCUGUCCAAUCCUAUCCUAUCAUGAACUUUCCUCUCUGAUCCUAUCCUAUCCCUCUGUCCAAUCUGAUCCUAUCGUGU